AUGGAGGCAACGCACAACUUUUUAGAUGUAUCUCAGGAGGAUUAUAACCAUGCGUAUUUUAUGAAGCAAGCAUUGCUCAUGGGAGAAAAGGCACUUCAGGCAAAUGAAACGCCUGUGGGAUGUGUCUUGGUGUAUAAUGGUCAAAUAGUCGGAUCUGGGAUGAAUGACACAAACAAGUCAAUGAAUGGUACAAGACAUGCCGAGUUCAUUGCCAUUCAACAGAUGCUGCAAAGUCAUCCCAGAUCACAUCUGCAUUCAACAGAUCUUUAUGUGACUGUUGAACCAUGUGUUAUGUGUGCAUCUGCAUUGAGGCAAUACCAAAUACGGGCUGUAUAUUUUGGCUGUGGUAAUGAACGGUUUGGAGGAACAGGAAGCGUGCUUUCGUUGCAUUCUGACCAUGCCAUUGAUUCGCCGUAUCCAGUGUAUGGUGGACUGUUUCGCAAAGAAGCAAUAAUGCUACUUCGACGCUUUUAUAUACAAGAAAACGAAAAGGCACCGAAGCCUCGUCCAAAAAAGAACCGUGAAUUGAACACAAGCUUUGAAGGCGACACCGAGGGCUUCGAUUAUAUGUAA